AUGACACCUCUUCCGGAGCCUGAACAAUCUCUCUUAUAUAUUUCUGUCUUUAAGACUUUUAUCUUACCGAUUUUCCCUAUUGUUUCUAUUCAGGACAUCGAUUCAUUUUGGCAUAGAUGGAUGAGCUCUGAGUCAACAUGCAUUGAGCUAGUCUGCUUGUCUCUUAUUAUAGAAACUGGCAGUUUGAUAUCAGCUCUCAAAAGACAAGCCAACACCGGACUAAUCAUCUUGCACUCUCAAACUCGAUCCAGGAAGAUUGCAGACGCCGCCAGAUAUAUCCGCAUCGAGGAGCAACACGGUUUAAGCUUUACUCAAGCUUGUCUCUUAAUGUGUGUUUUUCUUCGACAUAACGCCCAAAGCGGGGAAGAGUACCUCCUUAAAGCUAGUUAUUCCCUUAAGGAGAUCUUAAGGACCCCUGGGUUAUUUCAAAAUCACGGCGAAAGUGUUAUCCUCCUGUGGUUGAGUUGGGCAUGUCUAGCUUUUGAAACCCCGAGAAAGGGAAUUCUUGAGCCAUUUAUGUCUGCAUCACAACUACAAAACUUCCCCUUGAGCUCACGUUUACAUGAAUUACUUGGGACAUCAUUUGCUAUUACACAAAGACGUCGCCUGCAAUGGCUUGGAGAACAUAUCGAUAAGUCUUGGACCCCAGACAACUUCGACACUCAGACAUGUGAUACAAGGCUGAAUUGCUAUAUUAAGGCUGAGUUAAGAAAGUCCAAGAUUGCAUUGCCUCAUAGGAUGAGUAGAUAUGAAUUAAAUGGCGCUCAUAAGAAUUUUCUAUUAGCUGCACAAGCUCUAGAUGCAGGAGACAGAAUCCGAAAUCUAAAAUUUGAAGCUCAUAGUGCUUUAACAAUAGCAAGUAAGAUCGACUUUCAGGAGUGGAUUGAGGUAUCAAGACCAACUUUCUGUGCCAUAUCCAUGCUCUUUCCGUUCUCAACAGAACUUGAGAUAUUAUACCAGGAGUUUUCCGCGCAUCUGAUUCCAAUGAUGCCAUCUGUCCUUGCUAGUGAUUUAGACUGGGUUGAACAAUUUUGA